AAUAUUUUCCCUUCAGUUCCAGCUCUCCCUCUUCCUUAUCCUUCAACCCAUCAACCCAUUGAAACAAAAAAAGUUGUUACCUUUGUUGGUCCAACCAUGGUGUCUGCACUUUCUUUCUCCAAUUUAACACUGCCCAGAAGAUCAUUUUCAACUACGGCAUGGAACCCAAGAGCCAUGGCCAAGGAGCUUUACUUCAACCAUGAUGGUUCAGCCACAAAGAAACUUCAGGCAGGGGUAGACAUGGUGGCGGAACUGGUUGGUGUGACUUUAGGACCAAAAGGAAGGAAUGUUGUGUUGCAGAACAAGUAUGGGCCUCCCAAGAUUGUUAACGAUGGCGAGACUGUGCUCAAAGAGAUUGAGCUGGAGGAUCCAUUGGAGAAUGUUGGGGUGAAAUUGGUUAGACAAGCUGGAGCAAAAACGAAUGACCUUGCUGGUGAUGGUUCCACUACAUCUGUUAUACUUGCACGAGGUCUAAUUGCUGAGGGUGUGAAGGUAAUUGCAGCAGGAAUGAACCCCGUUCAAAUUUCUCGUGGGAUUGAGAAGACUGCAAUGGCCCUUGUUUCUGAACUCAAAUUGAUGUCCAGAGAGGUUGAGGAUCAUGAGCUUGCACAUGUUGCUGCAGUUAGUGCUGGGAAUGAUUAUACAGUGGGCAACAUGAUUUAUGAUGCUAUUCGACAGGUAGGAAGGAGGGGUGUGAUCACAAUUGAGAAAGGGAAAUGUGCUGAAAAUAGUCUGCAGAUUGUAGAAGGAAUGCAAUUCGAUCGUGGAUACUUGUCCCCUUACUUUGUUACUGAUCGACAAAAGAUGAUGGUGGAGUUCCAUGAUUGCAAGUUACUUUUGGUCGACAAAAAAAUCACGAACCCGAAGGAGAUGUUUAAAAUAUUGGACAAUGCAGUUAAGGAGAAGUAUCCAAUUGUGAUAGUUGCAGAGGGCAUUGAGCAAGAAGCUCUGGCUCCGGUAAUUAGGAACAAACUCAGGGGUGUGCUGAAGGCAGCUGCUAUUAAGGCUCCUGCCUUUGGUGAGCGGAAGAGCCACUACUUAGAUGACCUUGCUAUCUUGACUGGAGGCACUGUAAUUAGCGAUGAGAUGGGAUUGACCCUGGAAAAGGCUGGCAAGGAGGUCUUGGGCACUGCUACUAAGGUGGUCAUAACUAAGGAUUCUACGUUAAUAGUUACAGAUGGGAGCACUCAACCAGCUGUUGAGAAGAGGGUUUCUCAGAUUCGGGGGCUUGUUGAGAACACUGAAGAAAAUUUCCAAAAGAAGAUACUGAAUGAAAGAAUAGCAAGGUUAUCAGGAGGAAUUGCUAUUCUUCAGGUCGGAGCUCAAACACAAGUUGAGCUGAAAGAUAAACAAUUGAGGAUUGAAGAUGCUGUGAAUGCAACUAAGGCAGCUAUUGAGGAAGGUGUUGUAGUUGGUGGUGGCUGUAGCCUUUUGCGACUAUCUUUAAAAGUGGAUGGCAUCAAAGAACUUUUGGACAAUGAAGAGCAGAAAAAUCCAUCAGCUGUACAUCAUCAUAGGUAUGUUAUUUUGCUAUUUUGCUUUUUGUUUAUGGAGAUUGUGAUCCCAUAUCUACAAAUAUCUGGGCAGAUUGGAGCUGAGAUCUUCAAAAGAGCUUUGACCUAUCCUGCAAGACUGAUUGCCAAAAAUGCAGGUGUUAAUGACAGUGUUGUAAUAGAGAAGGUUUUAUCGAAUGAUGAUAUUCGAUAUGGUUAUAAUGCUGCAAUAGACUGUUAUGAGGAUUUGAUGGCUGCUGGAAUUAUGGAUCCAUCAAAGGUGGUUAGAUGUUGUCUAGAGCAUGCUGCUUCGGUUGCCAAAACCUUUUUGACAUCGGACGCUGUUGUUGUUGACAUUAAGGAAUUAGACCCCAUUCCAAGGAGAAAACCGAUGCCACCAAUGUCGCCAAUGCCACCAGUAUCACCAUUGCCAUCCCCAGGUAACUCAGCCAUUUCAAGGAGAAAACCAAUGCCACGGAUGCCACUAGUACCACCACUGCCAACCUCAGGUAUUCGACCAAUUGGGCUUUAGCUCAGUGGAGGGAGUUAUCCAGCUAUAUUGACCUUGCUGUUCAAACCCUGAUUUUGUCCACUCUUUCAAAGGAUAAUGGGAUUUUGCAGUUUGAAACAUGUGGCUUAGCUAGAACUCCAACUUUUAUUUAUCAAGUGGUGCUGAUAAUUGAUGCAAUACUUGCCAAUAUAUAGCUGCUUAAAAUUUGGUCCCUUCACGUCAAAUUGAUGGUUUCCUAAUUGAAGAGAUGAGCAAGACUCUGGUAAAGAAGGCAUGCUGCAAGAUGAGUUGGGUGCGUAAUUUAAGUCACUUCGAAAAAGGAGAUGCUUCUGCAACAUCUCAAAGAUAAUCUAUUCAUACGGUAGAGGGCAGAUUUCCCUUGUGGUAAGGCAGAAACACAUCAAAAGGCCUCUACAAGAGGAGAGAUUACCAUUAUCUUCAAGUGUGUGCUAGUGCUACUAUAUGUGAUGAAUUGGUAAAAAUGCUUUGGCAGUCUCUUAUGCUUACUGUAACCUGUUAUGUAGUUUUCUUGGUAUAGCGGGUUAAUCUUAAGCUUUUCUUUUAUGAUCAUUGAGAUCUGA